AUGGAUCAAGCUAGCAUCUCAUCGCCUGUGUCGUCUCCUGUGUCAGGGCCAGGAAAACGGCAAAACCCGCCCCCUCCACCACUGCCAUCAGCUCCCCCAGUACCUCCAUCGGCUCAGACCCGUCCUCCGCCUCCUCCCCCUCCAGUAACUGAGCCCAGCCCCGACAACACAGGUGAUAGCAGGAUGAGCUCCCAGACACCAACUCAUCCUCUAGGUAAUGAGAGUGAGGAGGAGAUAACCGAGUAUGAAGGAGACUAUGAUACAGAUAUAGCAUCAGGUGCCAAACACAAAGAUGCUUUGAAGACCCAUGUCCGAGACUCUAGUAUAGAUGAAGGGACAUUAGCCGACUCUUUCAGCCCGCACUCGCCCAGGAGUCCGGUAGAAACGCGGCCACCCAUCCCACAAAACACUUUCCAAAGUACUGCCCCUCGCUCAGCACCACCUCCCCCUCCCCCUAGCCAACCACCAAAGGCUGUCCGACAAUCAGUCGAUAUGCCGAGAGCUCCACCACCCCCAAUUCCGCAAACUAUGUAUACCCAAGAGGAUGAAACCCAUGAACGAUCCCGGGAGGAAGCUUUUGAUCAGUAUACAUCACCUGCUGUUCCUGCUCAUCGGGAUCGAGGCGAGUCCCAAAUUAAGGAUAUUCCGGACCCGGCAUCAUACGAGUUACCCCAGCACGCCGUGUCUUCUCAAGCCCCACGCCCAUCCCGGGGCUCAUCUGAUCUCCUAAGAGGCCAGACUGGAACCCGUAGAUCCAUGGACGUUUCUCGACCAUCAAUGGAUCAGGGCUACAUGGCUAAUGAUGUAGACCUUGCGUCCACGUCUCUCUGGUGGACGCAACCAAAUACACCUCCUCCAGUAUUCCAAGGUCGACGAGACAUUCUCAUUGAAAUGGAGGAAUCCUCCACAAACAAGCGAGGAGGCAAAGUUACCACAUCAAAGGACGUGUACAUCCUCUUCAUGGACUAUUCUCAGACAAUCAUAUCCGCACAAUUUGACUCCAAGAACCCAAUCGAUGUAGCGUUAGAACAGCGCCACGAACCACCACCACCCCGACUACGUCAAGACCAACUGGAGGAUGCCCAUACUCAAUUUGGCGCUCGCAUCUCUGAAUCAGUUGCUUCAAAACAAAAUACCACAGUGGGUGACGGUACGCCCCAUGCUCUUAUCCAGACACUCCUUGCCCCUCUAAAGGACGCCCUCCUGCCGGUUGGUGUCCGCAGCUACGGCGCCCUGGUAUACGCCAACCUAGCCAAUGCCUCUGUCCAACAAUUUGACGAAAUUCGCCCUGGAGACAUCAUUACCUUCCGCAACUGCCGUUUCCAAGGCCAUCGUGGCACAAUGCAUCAGAAAUAUUCCACUGAAGUAGGCAAGCCAGACCACGCCGGAAUCGUAUCCGAUUGGGACGGUACGAAGAAAAAGGUACGAGUCUGGGAGCAAGGUAGGGAAAGCAAGAAGACGAAAGUUGAGAGUUAUAAGCUGGGAGACCUGAAAAGUGGUGAAUGUCGUGUUUGGAGAGUCAUGUCCCGUACUUGGGUUGGAUGGGACGGAGAGCACAAAGCCUGA